ACCAGGCGGGGGUGCACGUGGGUGAUGAGUGCGACGGUCUCAAGUGUCCCAUGUGCAUCCAACGCAAGUUCGUGUGCGACCUCGAGAGCAACUGCCACGACGGCCAGGACGAGAACCACUGCCAAGAAAUGGGUCUCCCCCUUGGUGCGCGAUGCAGUUUCGAGAACCAGGACUGGUGUGGAUGGCAGAACUCGGACACCAACAUGGAGGGCAUGGACUGGAAGCUGCACCGCGGGGAGACUGACAAAGACAAGACAGGACCUUCCUUCGACCACACCUUCAGGAACGAGUCCGGUUACUACCUACUGGUGGAACUCCCCAGCGACGGGGAGUUCGGGGCCGAGGGGAGCAUCAUCUCCCCCAUAUUCCCCGCGCCCCCUUGCUACCACCGCAACAAGAAGAGUAUUUACUACAAUUCCUGCACGGUGCGGUUCUGGUACCACAAGUUGGGCCGCAACGGUGGGGCGCUGCGUGUGGAGAUCGUGCUCCCGCACCGCCGCCCGGAGCGCCGCAUCUCCAUGGAGCACAUCGCGGGCAACAAGGGGUCCGCCUGGAACCGCUUCACGGGGGAGCUGCCCCACGAGGUCAACGAGGAGUAUCAGCUGCGCAUAUCGUACGCGCGCGGCGCACGCCACCGCGCAGAUCUGGCCAUUGAUGACGUCACUCUCGCCCCAGAGUGCUUCGGCAUCGGAAUCCCGGAGGCGGAAAAACAAGAGAAAUCCUGCCCCGAGCCUCCUGUUGUUCUGGGGACAGACUCCCCCAACCCCGACCUCACCACCCUCCCCUACCCUGGGGACAACGUGUGGAAGGUGGGCACAUGUGGGGCGCAGGGCAGAGAAGGCCCCAGCGUGGAGCAGUGCACUUCCUACUACAACUCCCCGGACUUCCGGCCCCCCAAGCCCAUCGUCCGGCCCCCUUCCCAGUCCCUACCAGGCUACCAGACCUGGAUGGUACCUAGGGACGGCUGGUACAUGUACAAUCCAGAGCAGACGCAGGACCUACGCACACGUGGGGGGGCGGCAAGGGGGGCGUUCUACUUCACCAGAGACUCCAGCAUCCACGUGCUCGUGGGCCACGAGGGCGUCUCUGCCUGCGUCGAUGUCAUGGCGUCGGACCACCGCGCCAUCUGCUCAGAGCGCGCCGACCCGCCCGACACGGAGGCGUGUGAGCGCUCAGACUCGAGCCUCUCGAAGCUGAACAACAUGCGCAGCCCGUCCCCCGUGGGGGGCGGUGGCGGCGGAGGGGGCGCCACCUUCGUCUUUGUCAACGACGGUGAGACUCAGGCGCCGCGUGUGCUGCUGGUGGCGGGCGGCGGCGGCGGGCUCGCCUGGACCAACACGAGCGUCUCCCCCGCCACCGACGGCGGGCACAACCCCAACACCACCGCCACCGCCCCCACCACCGCCGCCCUCCUCCUCUCCAACGUCACUAGUGGCACUGGUCCUGGCAACGGGGGCAGCGUGAACGGCAAGAGGGGGGGCACCAACUACGCCACGGGGGUCGCCGCCCGCACCGACGCCGGCGCUAACCUCGGCCCCGGCGCCCUCUACAUCGUGCGCGCCGUCUCCGGCGAGUGCGGCUGCGAGCACCACUGCCUGUACCUCGACGAGCAGCACAAGAACCACGAGUGCAUCUGCUCCCCGGGGUACUUCCUGCAGGACGAUGGGUACUCCUGCCACUCGAACGCCACCAACUUACUCCGUCAGACGACGUACGUUGUGUUCAUCGUCCUGGGAGCCCUCAUCGUCAUCCUCACGUCACUCACGUCGAUCUGCUGCUACAACCGGUACCAGCGCCAGAAGGUAUCGGGGUUGCGGGAUGCGUUGGUUGACGGGCCGGACUCGCAGCUCGAGCGGAUCCGCGCGUCGACGGGCAUCACGGAGUACAACCCCAACUACGAGUUUGGCGGGGGCACCUGUACCAUCAAGGACCUCAAGGAGAUACCACGCCAGAACCUUACGCUGGUCAAAACCUUACGCUGGUCAAGUGAGUGGUGCAUGCGUACCAUCAAGGACCUCAAGGAGAUACCACGCCAGAACCUUACGCUGGUCAAGGUUGGCGUCCGCUCUAUGGCCACCGAUAUCGCGACCAUGAUUACUGCCACUGGGCACGAGAUUACUGCCACUGGGCACGAGAUUACCGCCACUGGGCACGAGAUUACUGCCACUGGGCACGAGAUUACUGCCAUGACAGGUUUAAUGGUGGUGACAGGUGUUAUUGUGGUGACAGGUGUUAUUGUGACGCUGACGGAGAUGUCCAACAACCAGGCCGAGAUGGACUUCCUGAUGGAGGCGUUGAUCAUGUCCAAGUUCAAGCACCCCAACAUCGUGCACUUCAUCGGCGUCUGCUUCGGUAAACUGCCACGCUUCAUCGUCCUCGAGCUGCUGUCGGGGGGCGACCUCAAGGUCUUCCUUCGGGACUCCCGCCCCAAGCCGGACCGUCCGUCAUCACUCGUGAUGCGGGAUCUGUUGCUGUGUGCCAUCGACGUUGCCAAGGGCUGCGCGUACCUCGAGGAGAACCACUUCAUCCACCGCGACAUCGCCGCCCGCAACUGCCUUCUGACCACCCGCGGUCCCGGCAGGGUCGUCAAGAUCGCAGACUUCGGCAUGGCCCGUGACAUCUACCGCAAUGACUAUUACCGUAAGGGCGGCAAGGCGAUGUUGCCUGUCAAGUGGAUGCCGCCUGAAGCCUUCUUGGACGGCAUCUUUACCAGCAAGACAGACGUGUGGUCGUUCGGGGUGCUGCUGUGGGAGGUGAUGUCGCUGGGUUACAUGCCCUACCCGGGACGUGGCAACAGGGACGUCAUGCAGCUGGUCACGAACGGGGGACGCUUGGAGCCCCCGUCCCACUGCCCCCCGCAGAUAUACAGGAUCAUGACACAGUGCUGGCACCCGCAGCCUGAAGAGCGACCCACUUUUGUCACCACCGCUGAGAGACUCGGCUACUGUCUCCAGGACCCCGACGUGGUCAACUCCCCCCUCCCCAUCUUCCAGCGGCCCCCCUCCACGGAGCGGGACACCACCGUCAUGAGGCCUCGAGAUGAGGACUCGACUUGGCUCACCCUCACACGUCCCCUUGAGGAACACGCAGUCCCUCAGUCCCCAGGCUCCCAGGACUACCUCAUCCCCUUGCCUUCCUCAUGCAGCUUGGCCACCGUUAGAUCUGAGCUCAACUCUUCCCCAUCCCUUGAGUGCUGCCAGAUGGAAAGGCUCUUGGAACAGGAUCCUAUUCCCCUUCCCUUGUCCCCACCAGACUGGGAGACCAGCUUCACAACCGAGCCUGGGGAACAACCUAUUCCUCCCAUCCUGCCUACGGCCACUACUCCUCUUCUCCUCUCCCCUCCUGACAGUCCACUUCCCCAAGAGGUUGGGGAAUGUCUACUCCAACCUGUUACUUCCCCUCAGACCCUAUUGGGGGCUAUAGACCCCCAGCCCUCGGUAUCCAUAUUACCCAACCUAGACCCUGCUGUUCUGAUACCCAUGCAACCAAUGGGUGCUUCGGCUGUCACAACCACAACAACCACGGCUACUCCAACCAACUCUGGUAGCAAGAGGUCGUCUCUACACCACUACCACCCACACCGCUACAACAACAACAGUAACAACAACAGCAGUAGCAGCGGCAGCAGUAGUAGUGGUAGUAGUGGUGGAAGUAGCAGUAACAGUAGUGUAAGUACGUUACCAUUAGACGCAUCGACGUUACCAUGUACUACGGCUAUCCCGCCGCCCCUGCAAUACGUUAACGUCGAAGUCACUAAGCGCGGUCCUGAGUAUAACGAAGCUUACGUCAUCCAUGAAACGCGCGAACAUCGCGAGAUUUCCUGUUAGGCACGAGAAUUAUAUACAUAUUUAUACUUGUUUUAUUGUAACACAUAAAAUCUAUAUUUUUAAUCUAUUGAUAGUGUUUAAAAUAGCGUGAGGAAAUUUUAACGAGGGCAUC